ACUGUCUCUUCGCGAACCCAGCACUCUCCGCCCAUAGGACAGGGAGCAGACAGGAAGCCGCACAACAGAAGAGUUCAAUUGCAAAAGCAGGGGAGAGAGAAGUGAAAAAAGAGAUUAAGGAUGGGCACAAUGUUCCGGGGGGAGGAGGUGUGCCUUGCGCAAUUAUUCUUGCAGUCUGGCUGUGAAUAUCAGUGUGUCAGUGAGCUUGGAGAACUUGGAGUGGUGGAGUUUAGAGAUCUAAAUCAGAAUGUUAACGCCUUUCAACGUCGCUAUGUAUCUGAGAUUAGACGGUGCGAGGAAAUGGAGACAACAUUUGGAUACCUUGAGCAGGAGAUACGCAAAGCAGGUAUGAAUGUGCCAGAGUCUACUCUGUCUCCGCCUGCUCCGUCACCCAGAGACGCACUGAAAAUACAAGAAGAAUCGGAGCAGUUGGCAAAGGAGUUGAGAGAGGUGUCUGGGAGCCGGCAAUCUUUAAGAGAACGGUUAAGAGAGUUGCGGGAAUAUGCUAAUAUUUUGCGAGAAAGCCAGAGAUUCACUGGACCGCUGCCAGAAUCAGAGACCUGGAGGGAGAGAGCUGAUACAGAUCCUCUGGUAGACCCUGCAGUAGCACACAGACAGGACCUGAGAGUGAGUUUCAUGGCUGGCGUCAUUCAUCCAUGGAGAAUGAACUCUUUUGAACGCUUAUUAUGGCGUGCCUGUCGCGGGUACCUGAUUGUUAAUUUUGUGGAGAUGUCAGAGCCCAUGGAAGACCUUGUGACGGGUGAGAGUGUAACUCAGAUAAUAUUCCUAAUUUCUUACUGGGGAGAAAGAAUCGGAGAGAAGAUAAAAAAGAUAGCAAACUGUUUUCACUGUCACAUUUAUCCUUAUGCUGAUGACGAGUCUUCUCGAAUGGAGACGCUUGCAGACCUCUUGGUUCAGAUCCAGGACAUGCAGAAGGUUUUGUCUCAGACGGAGGGUUACCUGUCACAGAUACUUAGUCGGGCCGUCUCUAGUUUACACAACUGGAGAGUCAGCGUGAGGAAGAUGAAGCAUAUUUAUCUCACGCUGAACCUGUGUAGUGUGCGGGAACGAUGCUUGAUUGGGGAGGUGUGGUGUCCCGUCGCUGACCUACCUAUUCUCCAGGCUGCCUUGGCUCGAGCUUCUGAAAACAGUGGAGGAGGUGGAGAAUCAUUCUGUCAUCAAAUCCCGUGUGCCAUCAGCCCUCCUACCUUGAUCCGCACAAAUAAAUUCACUUCAGGUUUCCAGGGCAUUGUUGAUGCCUAUGGGGUGGCUAGCUAUCAGGAGGUGAACCCAGCUCUCUACACAAUAAUAACCUUCCCGUUCCUUUUUGCUGUAAUGUUUGGCGAUGUGGGGCAUGGGCUCAUCAUGUUCCUAUUUGCUCUCUGGUUGGUUCUUGGAGAGGACAACCCAAAACUUAAACAUGCUGAGGGUGAGAUCUUUUCUAUGUGCUUUGGAGGACGUUACCUCAUACUUUUGAUGGGAGCAUUCUCUAUAUACACAGGCUUUGUGUACAAUGAGUGUUUUAGCCUUGCUACCACAAUAUUCCCUUCAGGCUGGAGCGUAGCUGCUAUGGCAGAUGUCAAAAACUGGACGGCACAUUCGUUGACAUCAUCUAUUCCAGCUCCUCUGGACCCCAACAUAACUGGUGUCUUCAUGGCUCCGUAUCCAUUUGGCAUUGAUCCGAUUUGGAGCCUUUCCUCAAACAGACUCACCUUCCUGAACUCUUUUAAAAUGAAGAUGUCUGUUAUUCUGGGUGUUAGCCACAUGGCAUUCGGAGUAUGUCUUGGAGUCUUUAACUUCAUUCACUUUAAACAGACGUACCGUAUCUUCCUUGUUUCCAUCCCUGAGCUGCUCUUCCUUCUGUGUCUGUUUGGGUAUCUGGUGUUUAUGGUGAUAUAUAAGUGGUUGGCUUGGACCGUGGUCAAUGCUGAAUUUGCUCCAAGCCUCCUCAUUCACUUCAUUGACAUGUUUCUGUUUACCAAGAAUGAUACAAACAGAGAUCUUUAUGAGGGACAGCAAAUUGUGCAAAUGGUCCUAGUGAUUGUUGCUGUGGUCUGCGUCCCAGUUCUUCUUCUUGGAGAUCCAAUUUGUCUCUUUAUUCAACACCGAAGGAAAAAACAGAAUCAACAGAUGGCCACGCAUACAGUAAAUGAUGAUGAGAGAAGUGCGUUAUUAGUGGAAGAGGCCCCGGAACAUGUAGAAAAAACAGAACAAAAUAAAGAGACUCAUGAUGAAGAAGAGUUUGAUGUGUCCGAGGUGUUCAUGCAUCAAAUGAUUCAUACCAUAGAGUACUGUUUGGGCUGCAUCUCCAAUACUGCAUCCUACCUACGGCUGUGGGCAUUGAGUCUGGCGCAUGCACAGCUGUCUGAGGUCCUGUGGCAUAUGGUGAUGAGAAUCGGCUUUUCAAACAUCAGCUUUGUUUGGAGCAUUGUGAUUGUUCCUGUCUUUGCGUUCUUUGCUGCUCUGACAGUCGCUAUACUCCUUGUCAUGGAGGGUCUCUCUGCAUUUUUACAUGCCCUCCGUCUGCACUGGGUUGAAUUCCAAAACAAGUUCUACAUUGGAGCAGGAUACUCGUUCACACCGUUCCGCUUCGAUACAAUCUAUUGAUCUUAAGCAGCAUGGAUUUCUUUUGCUGGCGGAGGCAGAAUAUACUACUGCUUAUGUACAAUUCUUAAAGUGAUGAAUCUUCGUUCAUGAUACUGCAAAAUAAAUUACUUUCAACUAUCGCUCUAUCACUGCUGUUCUGUAAGUGAAAGCCCCUAAUAAAUCUUCCCAUUUCCCACCAAA